AUGCCUUUCGAGCUCAGGUCCUCUUCGCAGGUGAAGGAGGCUGAGAGAAGAAGACAUGUCGCAGCAGCAGCAGCAGCAGCGAGCAUCAGCCCGACCAAGAAGAGGAAACACCGGAAAGCGUCCCUGCUGGAAUGUCUCCCCGUUGAGCUGAUAGAGAAGAUCUUUCUUUACUCUCUGGAUAUUAAUCUGCCGCGCGCGUCGCCGACGCUGGCGGCGGCAUUGUCCAGUGAGCGGAUUUACAGGGUGUUGAUACUGCUCUCGUUCUGGGACGAUUCGCCACGGUCGGAUGAUGAUAAUGAUGAUGGUCAGUCUCGCGCAGCGAUAUCACGGGCUCUGCGGCCCGCGGACUACGUUCCUCUGGAAGAUGAGGAACGCAGACGUCUCCAGUCGGCGAUCCUGCGCUGCAGAUGGUGCACGCUGGACCGGGUCCGGGCCCAGCUGCCGGAGCUGAUGAGGAUGACGGUUCAGAAGCACUGGUUCGGCGCCGGCAUCACGAUGGACGACGCCCAGCAGGGUGCGCUGACUCGGUUUCUGGAGCGGAAAGAAGACGUCCGGACCUUCGAGGGCACGGGGCCCAACGGGAAGACGUAUGUCCUGUCCAUCGACCCUCUGGUUUCUGUCAGCAUCCACUGUCCUGAAACCGGCCAUCUCAAGACACACCGGGUCCUCAGCGUGAGGACCUUUCCAGACAAGCUGCUGCGUAGCGGACACGAUGACAACGACAUCGCCUUUCUCGAGAUGCUCCGUCACGCCUGCGGCUUUAGCUCUAACUUCGAGGAUGCUUCCGGCCUAGAUCUCUCCUUCUCGCGAGAUGCGCUGCAGAAAGGGAUCCACAACGCGCUGGUAGCGAACAACGCCCGAGCCCUCACGACACUGCUCAAAAUCGACGAGUAUUUCACCCGUCGUCGCAUCAUCGCCCGUAACAAUGCUGCUGCUGCUGCCCCUGGCGCGUUGUCAUCGUCCGUCGACGACAUGCUCUACUACUCCCUCCCAGCAGAGCACUUCCGCACCGCAGUGCACAAGGCAGGCCACGACCCAACCUUCUUCCAGCUGCUACUCCGCGCAAACGCCGAGUCCGUGCCACCCGACGACCCGGACAUCACGCAGUGGGCGAUGGACCUUGAGAGCGACAGCGACCCUACUAACAACACCAAGAAUAAUAGUAAUAAUAAUCACGCCGCCCUCGGCCGCUGGCUUCUCGACUUCAUGACGCGCCUGCCUAGGGACAUCGAGACUGCGCGGACGAAUCCCCGCGAGGCAGCAGUCUUCUAUCUCGGCGCUGCUAAUCGUAAUGUCCUGAUGGGAAGACGGUAUCUGGAGGAGGUGCUGCAGAUUGGUCAAGCGGGAGACCUGCCGAGUUGGAUGGAGGAGGUUUCGUAUGAUGUGUCUAUUUAUGAACCAUAA